CUGGGUUUUCUCCUUCGUGGCCUCUUUUCUCCCUCAUCAACAUUUCUUUCUUUUCGCUUUCUACUCCAGCUCACGAUGCCGGAGCAGAGACAGCGUAGGAAUGAGCCGGAGCAAAGCUCCGGCUUCAAGGGUGCCCUUCAGGGCCUAGCGAUCUUCAUCUUCGUGCAAUUCGUCAUCAGUCAACUCUUCGGUGGUAAAGGACAAAGUGAAGGUUCUGGUGGGAAGGCUGGUGGCAUUCCCGAUUUUGCCGACCGUCCAGAUCGCAGUGAGAUCACGGACUACAGUCCGAUCCCCGACAUCGUUACCCCGAUAUGGCCCGCCGACAGCGCGCUGGACGUCAAUAUCUAUGUGUCGCCGUCCGUUGUGCUUCCUACCUUGAGCAAACUUCCAUCGACUGCCUUGGUUCUUCAGGAGAAGAACUUCACCGUUGGCAACUACAGUGACUCCAGGGAGAUCGACACGACCAUCCAGAUUCCCAAGGAAGUGCAGCAGAAUGGCACGCUCUGGGCUCACUUCUUUGUCGGACUCACCGGACAUCAGUUGGACCCCGCGGCGAAGGAUUACAGCACCGACAGCGCGACUCAUUUCUUCCGUCCCUUGAACCAGUACCUGCCCAAGAAGAAGGCCAAGAAGCUCAAGAACCUCCUGGCCGGGGAUGAGGAAGAAGGCGAUGAAGAGGACCAUACGCCUGAUGUCACGAUUUCGUCUUUCUACCACCCGAACUUCACUGUCUCCGUGAUCCCGGACUCUGGAACUCAGAAAUACCGUAAAAUCCAUCCUGCGGUGCGUCAGAAUGUGCUCCUGGAAUCUAGCGGCGCCCGAGAUCUCUCUGGCCAGAAUGCUUGGUACUAUCCCAUUGUCUUCCUGAACACAUUUUGGCAACUCAAGAGCCAGAUGACGGAGCUUAACUCGACCGUGGAGACCGUGCCGCUGCGGAUUACCCUGAACAACCUGCAGAACUGGAAGUUCAGCAUGAUGACGAGCGUCGAUGACAGCGCCAAACAGACUUCUCGACAGGCCGCGUACGGCCAGUCGACGCCCGGUGGCGGUGAUGGCAGCGAAUUCGAGAUGGUCAAGGAGGUUCUCCUGAAUACGAACAUCUAUCUCCUCGGCACGACCGGUGUUGUCACUAUUCUGCACAUGAUCUUUGAGACGCUGGCUUUCAAGAAUGAUAUCUCCCAUUGGCGCAAGAAGAAGGAUGUUGUCGGCACCUCUGUGCGCACCAUCCUGGCCAACGUUUUCAUGCAGGCUGUGAUCUUCCUUUAUCUCAUGGACAAUAGUGAAAACACUUCUUGGAUGAUUCUUGCCAGUCAGGGCUUCGGGAUUCUUCUCGAAGCGUGGAAGAUCACCAAGUCGGUCGACGUCCGUCUGCGCCCGCCGCCGCCCGGAUCAUUCUUCUCCUUCCUGCCUUGGAUUGUGGUGUUCGAAGACAAGCAUAAGCUCACCGAAACGGAGAAGAAGACCCAGGAGUAUGAUGAGAUUGCCUUCCGCUGGCUGUACAUUCUUGCAGUGCCUCUCCUGGCCGCCUAUGCCGCGUACAGCUUGAUCUACAACACGCACAAAUCAUGGUACUCGUUCGUCAUCGAGACCCUCGUUGGCAGCGUCUAUGCCUAUGGCUUCCUCAUGAUGGUUCCCAGCUUGUACAUCAACUACCGUCUGAAGUCCGUUGCCCACAUGCCCGGAAAGGCGUUGACAUACAAGUUCCUCAACACCUUCAUUGACGACCUCUUUGCCUUUACCGUCAAGAUGCCGUGGCUCCACAGACUCGCAACUCUGCGUGAUGACGUGAUCUUCUUCGUCUGGCUUUACCAGGGCUGGAAGUACAAGGUUGACUACAACCGUGUCAAUGAAUUUGGCCAGGGAGGCGAAAGCGAUGACGAGAGCGAAGAACCGGCUUCGGAUUCUGCCCCAGCUCCUGCGACCGCGGACCCCACCCCGGUUAAAGCGUCUGGCAAGGAGAGCUCCAAGGCUCCCACUCGCAAGAGAAAGUGAACUACCUUCAGGCUACCUGUCCUGUAGGGCUUCCGUUUCACUCCGUUCUCUUUGUUGCCUGCCAUUUCUAUGCCUGUAUCAAUGGCAGCGCAUUUUGUUAAUUGUAUCGUCGAUUCCCGGAUUGUUGCGGUUAGCCGGGUCUAAUCUUGGGAUCUACCUUGAAAGUGGAACCUAAUAGUGUAGUAAUAGAACAAGUUAGUAGUACAUCAAGGUUGAAAAGUUGUCCUGUC